AUGGAAGAUCCAGAAGAUGCUUUACAGUUUUUAAAACGUACAUUUCUUCAUCCUGGUAAAACCAAAUGUGAAGAACAAAAACGUGAAGCAUCAAAAGCGUAUGAAGAAAAAUGUACUGUACUUGGCAAACGUUUCUGCCCAAAACUUGAUGGUUGGUCCGAUUUUAAAAAUUGGGAAAUUAAUGAAGGUUAUAUUAAAAAAAGUCCAUUACCAAUCACAACCACAACCACAGCAACUCCUGAACUAUUAACAAUGAAACAAACUUAUAAAACAUCAAUAUACGAACCAGUUACUAAACAAACAUAUCGAACAUCCAUAUAUCAACCAGCGACAAGACCACCCAUAAGACAUAUGUAUCCUGCCAAGUAUUAUUCGGGUGGUCAUGAUGUUUAUCCAGGUGUAAUGUAUCAGCCAAUGUAUCCUGCACCGUACGGCAUGCAUGGCGUAAGUUAUCGACAUCCUCGACCAUCGAGUCUAUUUAAUAUUAGAAAAAGAUUUUAUAGAAUUGAUGAAGACAAUGAUGAUCUUUUGAUGAGUGAAAGCGAAUAA